CGUCGAAAUCACCCUUAUUUCUGCUGAACACUGCAAAGAAGCUGUAGUGACCCCCCUAGUUAUCGAAAAUCAAGUUUUUACUGCCUCACCUGCUGUACAUCCAGACCGUGUACUUCUGAGAGUAAAUUUAACUAAGAUUCCUAUCAUGCAUAUUGAGCAGUUAAGAGAUAAGCUAUUGAAUAACUUCGCUCAGUACGGUAUAGUUCGACAGUUAGUUAUUUAUCUUGAUGACUAGGCCCAGCGCUGGUUUUCCGGUAAUGGGUGCAUUUACCUGGAAAGACCGCCUAGCUCUGAAAUUAAGUUUGAUCCUUUGACAUAUAAGAUACCUCUUGAUGGUGACCAUUCAUGCUUGGGUACGUGGUUCAAAAUGGGCAAACAUUGCAUUUACUGUAAGGCUAUGAGCCAUAUUAGGAAGGACUGUCCUUCACUUUCGACUGAAGCGCGUACCUGCUUCGUAUGCCAUUGCCGUAGUCACAUCGCUCGCAACUGCCCUAAGGUUACAAACCCUAAUCAGACAGCCUCCAAACGCCGUCGGCCUAUUCCUGUCGACAGUAGUUACGAAGCACCUGUCACUGUUCUUUCUCGCCCUGCUGAAACACUAUCGUCCACUA